ACCAUCAUUUACGUCAUAUAUUUACUCUUGUCGACGAAAUGUUGUGCUUCCGGGUGUCCUAAAUGAAUUCGGGGAUAAUUUUCACCACAAACAGCGCUCAUCUGAGAUUGAUGAACUGAUUCAGGAGGGAAAUGGAUCGUCAUUCCAGAUUCACGGGUCAGCCGCCAUAUAAAAGAAAAGAGGAAGGCAACAAGGAGAGCCAUAACAAUAAAUACGUCAGGUCAAGUUAUUACAGCCAUGUGCCUUCCAGUGUUGCCUCUUCACAUUCUCCAGUGUUAAGUGUGAGGAGACACCUUUACGACGUGGACUUUCCACUCUAUAAGCAACCUGUAGAGAUAGGGCACUUUUCCCUGGACUCCAGCCGCAGGUUUUUCAAUGACGCCAGGAUGCUGAGGCAUUAUGUUGAAGCAGAUGGGUGCCCCAACUUUAACCUGAGAGAUGGCUACACUGACCGUUUCAUAAAGCGGGACGAUGGCAUUAAGGAAAGACUGGAUCAUCUGCUGAGGUGGAUUUUAGAAAACAGAUCUAAACUUCAGAGGACACCUGUGGAUGGCGAUACAUCUGGUUCUUCAUGUCGGCUGAGUGCAGACUUUGUCACGUGGCGUGGACAUCUGACCAAGCUCCUCACAACUCCCUAUGAGACCCAGGAGGGCUGGCUGUUGGCAGUGACCCUGUUCAAUGGGACCUAUUACAUCAGCGAGGUGGAGACCGAAGCAGCCAGGAGGAACAGAGAGAACCGCACCGAGAGGCAUGCUGAAAUGAUGUACUGGGGAUACAAGUUUGAGCAGUACAUGUGUGCAGAUGAGCCCAAUGGCCUGCCAGAUCCUAGUGGGGUGGUAAACACCAAUGAAGCUUUCUGUACCGUUGUGCAGACCAGGCUGACUGAUCACUCCCUGUUGUUUUCUGGAGAGGUUGACUGCAGAGACAACAGCUCCCGCUUCAAGGUCGCACCGGGUUAUUACGUAGAGCUGAAAACAUCUGCUGAAAUCUGCACCCCAAAGCAACGCAGUAACUUGCACAGGUACAAGCUAUUGAAAUGGUGGGCGCAGUCCUUCCUACCUGGUGUGCCCCGAAUCAUUGCUGGCUUCAGAGAUAACGAUGGGCUUGUGGUCUCGCUUGAGACUUUUGAAACUGCCAAGAUUUCUCAAUUGAUAAAGCAUGAGCAGAAUUGUUGGAAACCAAACGUUUGUAUGAAUCUCUGCAAUGCCUUUCUGUCCUUUGUAAAGAAGGUUGUUACGCAGGAUGAUUACAGGGUGGUGUAUCUUUUCUCCUGGGAACCCUAUAAGGAUGUCUCUUAUUCAGUUCACAAGGACUCUGAAUAUACUUUCUUGCAUGAUUGGUAUGUGAGGGAAAUGACAAAGCAGAAUUUCUGAUCUCCAACAGUCUUUCUUUAGUAAAGUCAGUGUUUGUAAAGUAAGGUGCUGAUUAUUUUAAUGUCCUAACAAUUAAAAAAGCAUUGCCAAAUACC